CGAAAAUAGAAUGUGUUCGAGCCUAAUAGUUGACCCUGAUCUCAUUGUGCCGUUGUCCACAGCGCAGUAACAAGCAUGGCCGCCUUUAAUAUUAUAUAAUCCUUAAUAAUUGAUUUGAAUCUUUAGUCUCCUUUUUUUAUCUCUCUUUCUUCUUACUUGACAAGAUCCUACAGCUCAGGGACAAGGAGGGGAAGAGGAAAUGGCAUAGCAUAAUGGUCAUGCAAUGACAAGAUCAAACAAAGAGCCAUUGCAACAAGUAUACAAUACAACAGAGACACAAACAUGCGUUUUCAGGAACAUGAAUAAGAACACAGACUAUACAGACUAUACAGACUAUACAGACAAACAAAUGCUCCUUCAAUCUCAAACCCCCCUUUAUUCUUUUCUCGCGGUCAUUCUUGUUGUAAUCGUUGUUGUUUGUCCUUAUAAAGAAGGCACAUUGAUCCUCUUUGAACUGUUGUUUUCUUCCUCUUCCUCUUCUUCUUGUUUCCUCACUUUUUUAUGUGCCUAUUCUCACCACUAUUCCCUUAGUUACACAUUCGCAUUCAUUCUCCACAUUCAACAACUCAUUUCAUUUCAUUUCCUUCCUUACAAUUACAACUUUCUUUUAUUUUUUUCUUGAUAUAUUUUCUUAAUUGCAUCCAACAUGGUAACAAAAAAAAAAAAAACUUACUCCUCU